GAUAAAUUGGAACCUAAGAAAAACCACCUAAAAUCCUAUAUUGAGGAAACAACUUUAUAUAAUGACACAAUUAGGAUGUUUGACAAAGUCAUAAUUUCUUUUCCUAACUAUGGCCUUUGAAGAACAAUGAAACAUUGCCAAUGUGGCAAAAAUUCUUUCAAGCCAAAAUUCAUAGGAUCAAUUUUGUUUUUAUGAUGGGCAAAGGUUUGAAUUGAAAACAUCUAGAAUUGAUUUUGAAUUAUAAGCUCCUUAUGUGUCCAAAGGUUACAUUGUUUUGAAAAGGUGAUGCAAGAACUUUGUAAUUUUAUAAAUGUGGUUUUGGUCAGAUCAAAUAUUUAGGGGGUGGAAAAUGAGCUUUUUUGCAUGUUGUAAGUCACAAGAGAAGAACACCAAGAACACAUUGAAGAAAAGCAUUAAGGACUAUCAUAACAUUUGUUCUAAAUCUGAUGGUGGCAAACGGAAGUACAUAGCAGAGGAAGAAAACACAAGAAAUGGAAAAGGAAAUAUUACCUCUAAGAUAUUUUCUUACCAUGAGCUAUGUGUUGCAACUAAGAAUUUUCAUAUCAACAAUAUGAUUGGUGAAGGAGGCUUUGGGAGAGUAUACAAAGGGCGCAUUAAAAGCAUAAAUAAUAAGGUUGUUGCUGUUAAGAAACUUAACAAGGAUGGAUUUCAAGGAAGCAGGGAAUUUCUUGCAGAGGUUAUGAUUUUGAGUUUCUUGCACCACUCUAACCUUGUCAAUUUGGUAGGGUAUUGUGCAGAAGGUGAUCAAAGGAUUUUGGUAUAUGAAUAUAUGGCGAAUGGUUCGUUAGAAGAUCACCUUUUUGAGUUACCUCCGGGCAAAAAGCCUUUGGAUUGGCACACUAGAAUGAAAAUUGCAGAAGGUGCGGCGAAAGGACUUGAAUACUUACACGCAGAAGCAAAGCCACCGGUGAUAUAUCGUGAUUUCAAAGCAUCAAACAUACUCUUGGAUGAAAAUUUCAAUCCAAAACUCUCUGAUUUUGGACUUGCAAAGCUUGGUCCAACUGGAGAUAAAACACACGUGUCCACUAGGGUGAUGGGAACUUAUGGCUAUUGUGCACCUGAGUAUGCCUCAACAGGUCAAUUGACUACAAGGUCAGAUGUUUAUAGCUUUGGAGUGGUGUUUCUAGAGAUGAUUACUGGGAGAAGAGUACUUGAUUCUUCAAGAUCGCCUGAAGAAGAAAACUUGGUCAUUUGGGCACUACCACUACUCAAAAACAAAAGAAAAUAUACAUCAAUGGUUGAUCCAUUGCUAAAAGGGAACUAUCCAAUGAGGGGUCUAUUCCAAGCACUAGCAAUUGCAGCAAUGUGUCUAUUGGAGGAUGCUAAUGCUCGACCUUUGAUUGGUGAUGUAGUUACAGCUCUUGAAGUUUUAGCAAUGAGGCAUGUACAAGUGGGUAAACAAAAACAUACAAAAGAAACUUCUAUUGAGAAAGGAGAAUGCAGUUGACAAAUGAAUUUCAUAGAAUAGUGGUCUUUCUUAGAGGGAUAGUGAAUAUGAAAAGGCAAAUGUUAAGUUUUGUGAUGUAUUUUACUACAUUUUGUUGUGUUGCCAAUAGUGUGUCAUUUGAAGAUCAAAACCAUUACUAUAUUUUUCUAUGUUCAAUGUUUACUCUUUUUAUUAGUAGUAUA